GGCAGGUGAGGCGGUUGCCAUGGCAGCCUGUCGCAACACAGCGCGCGAGCGGAUGGAGCACAGCGCAGCCGCACGUGUCCUCGACCCCAUCGCACAGUUUCAACUGUACGAAGAUUAUCUCGACUCCAAAGUCACGCCAAUGGAUUUAUUUUACUCAAAAAGCAGGGAGUUGGCCCGUAAGCUGGUGGAGCACGGCCGCAAGGGCACGGUCCUGAGCAGGGAGGAAUUUGAGGAGAAGAAAGCAGCUGCACAGAUUGCAGAGGCUGCGAAGAGCAACACGUUCUACAACAGGAACCAGCCAGCGACACUGGCAAGUGCAGGAAAAGAACUCAAAGAUAACUUCCUGAAAGCCCUGGCAGAGCGAGAGGAGGCCAACCGCAGUGGGAAAAUGACUUCGGUCAUUUUCAUAAGGGAUCAUAAUACUGUUGGACAGGAAGUGUCUGGCUAUAUAGACUACGCCCACAGACUCAAGACCCAAGAUUUUGAACCAUACUUCAGCGGAAAGAAGAGGCUCAUGCCAGGACGCUCGGAUUUAUGCCACAAAGAACACAGAGCAGCGACACCAGCGCCAGCUCUGGCCUCCACCUCCCACCUCCAGCAAGGCAGGGUGGCUAGGUUCACGUACACAGUCUGCAGUGUCUUGAGGGGAAAAAAAGCAGUGGCAGACUACUACAACUGGAAGACACAGGUGUCCACAUCCAACUCGAGCCCCAACUUUGAGGUGAUUUAUAAUGACCCCAACGGCCUUCUCUUCAAGAACACGAGGGACAAAAAGAUCCUGAACGUGGACCCCUUGUCUGGUCCCGGUGAGGACUCCAACAGGACUCUCCUACAGUCGGACCUCUACAUCCAUGUCGUCAUCUACGACCACAGCAUCAGGACAGUCUAAGCUAAGAGGGCUGCUGCUGCCGACACAUUCAUACAUAUGGCACAUAUUGGAGAGCAGUGGAGGCCUCUAAUUUGGCCGAGUUGCUUUGGUUGCACCAUCAUUUAUAAACUGUUCCCCUCAUAUCAUGCAUGCCAUCUGGGUGGAGGUGCUGCAGUGAAAAAAUGUCUUUAAACUGAGGAGUCCCAGAGGAAGGAGUGGCUGGACUGGUGUGACAACUUUUUUUUCUUGCAAAUAACUUGUGAUUCCAUGCGUUUCGCCAUAUUAUCCUCUGUUUUUUUUUUUGGGGGGGGGGGGGUUUGGCCUCACAUCUAUAUCCUUCUGUACUCCAUUUAAUGAAGCAAAGAACCCAGUUUUGCAUUCCCCGAGUAGCAUUUUUCAUUAUGGGCAGGAACCUGCUCGGGGACCCCAGGCUCGUCCCAUCGGCCAUUUGGCCUGGCAUGUUUUGGGCUGUUUGUCUAAACAAAUUAAAGGCAUAAGAGCUUUGAAAGAUGAUGGGGGUUGCUUUUAUGUCCUCCCCCAGGCUGCGGUAGCUCCAAUUGGACUGGAAGAAUGGGUAAUGGGCUUAAAGCAUUCCGCAUGUUCCCAGAUGCAAGGCACACUUUACAGGACAUCAAAGUGCUCUGUCAUUUACAUAUUAGUCAUUCACUAUGGCAUUUUUAAUGGGAAAAAAAGCUCUACAAACAACCUGCUUUGGAAAUUAUUUAGGAGGUACGGAAGACUUUAAGCGACUAGCUCCCUUUUAAUUUUAGGAUUACAUUUUUUUUUUUUUUGCAUUUGUUAUUUAAACACAUGGAAGGAAUCAGUCGCCCCACAAGUAACAUUUUCUAUGUCUAUAAGCUCGCAAAUUACAUGGUAUUUGUUAUUGAUUCAAAUAUUUGUUGUCUGUAGACUCCGCAGACACAUAGUUUAGGGGAAACACACUUUUUUCCAUUUGGUCACAAGAAAAGCAUGAUGAACAUGUCGGCAUACUUCCCCCCUUUUCUUUUAACUGCUCCUGAAAAUGCUAUUGGAAUCAGCCAUUUUUCAUACUAUUGGCUCACAAACUUUGUUGGAAGCUGGAACCAAGUGGUAAAGAAAAGACGAAUUUGAUAUUUGGGGGAGUAAAUACACAUGAGAAAGAGACCUCGCUAUGCUAAGCUAAGCUAGUGGUGUCCUUGCUAUAAACGUAAUGCACAGACAUGUGAGUGGUAACGUUUUUGUUUUGUUUUUUUCUUUUAACCCCCAUCAAGAAAGCAAAAAAGUGUAUUUCUCAACAUGUUGAACCGAUCCUUUAAAAUAACAUCACUGCAGCCGUAGUUAGCGUGCCCUCGUACUCAUUUCCUCUGCGUCCUUUAAGCCCAAAUUUAUUUCUGAAAGUUACAAGGUUUUAAACAAAUGAGUUCAUUUUAACACGAAACCUCUAAUGUCCCUCAAGCCGCCCUGAUACCAAAGCAGCUUUCCACCGGCUGCAUCUGUUUGUCUGUUUCGGCUGAAUUGGACCCUGCUGGCCUCAUUGGCGCAAUAUGUGUGGUGACAUGGGGAUGUGGGUUCUGGUUCUGUAAAAGCAGGGUUUGGGGAAUGGGGGUCUGGUUUUGGGUUUCCUUAGUCUUAGUGGGUUUCUGGUUGUUUUUUUGUUUCAGAAAGAUGUGAGUGUUUGGGCCUGUUUUUGGGGUGAUGACGAAACAAAUUUUGUAAAAGUCUAAAAAGAUUGUUAAAAAAAACAAUGUGACUGACUAGAGGGGAGGCGUCUUUUUAAUUUUUCUUUUGUCCUUUUCUUUCAAAUGUGUCUUUGUUGUUAUUCUGUGUUUAAUGUGUUUUUUUAAUGUCUAUUUUGAGGUGUUUGUGUUAAGAUGUCUGUACAAGAAGUGGUUUGUCUUUUCUGUGAAACUGGACUGACAAGGAUUUUUGAAUUGUGUUAGGAAUGCCAUUUCCUCUUCGACCCCGGGCUGAGGGCUGUCGCAAUUGACAAACCGCCCACCUGAAUAUCUCGCUAUCAGCACUGCUUUGUUUUGUUUUUUUAAGCAUUCGAACUAAGAACUCAGGCCGGCCGGGUGGCAAAUACACAUUUCACCCUCAUCUACAGCUGUUUAGAUUUACAGGCCACAGCCCAUUCAUGUGGUCCGGUGAGGCUGAUGGAACGGCCCCACUCCCCUCUCCUCUCUCCCUCCCUGAAAGUGGCAUCAGUCAUUCCAAACACCUACCAAUCAAAACAGCAGAUGUGCUCCGGUAAAAAAAGGGGCAAAUUAAAAUGCCGGCCGAUUGACAAACAAGCAGGGUCGCUCAUGAAAUGCCUUAACUCUGUGGAAGACCAAACCUCAAACAAACAAGUGGCUGGAAGUCGCCCGCACCGAUCAUGUGUCUGUAAAUAGUAAUGAUUUCACAAUAAAGUUUCAUUUAAAUGGUUA